CUGCCUGUGACCUCACGUCCAGUCCCCCCGGAAGCCAGCCGUGACAGCAAACAGGCGACAGGAAGUGCGCAGCCGCCAUUUUGCUCUAGGGCAAAAAAAUAAAAAAAUAUCCCCAUUAGCGCCCGUUUCAGCCUCUGCUCAUUAGACUCGCUCUAACGGACUAAGCCGGUGCCCAGGAGAACAAAAAAACGGGAGAGCCUCCCGCGGCGGCACCUCCGUCUAACAUUCCCGUAGCUGGGAUUCGCAUCAAUGCAGAAUGGGGGAAAUUUGCCACUGAAUCAAAGGAGUCCUUGUUCAGGUCCUCCGUGCGAUUCCACGUCAAACAUGCCAGUGAUUCAGUGGCUCCAGUUGCCACAAGAAGUCCUCCUCCACAUAUUUGCAUACCUUUCCCCAGCGGAAAAGGUGAAUGUUCGGGCCACGUGCACAUAUUUACGGACCUUGGUGGACCACCCCUCCCUAUGGAAAAACAGCACCAUAGUCUUCAAGAGCAUAGGGGUUUUUAACGCUCGCUUCUGGGACACUCUUCAGUGUCGGAAGAUCUCCUCCGUGGAGGUGACCCGCGCGACAUUGAAACAGUUUAAGAAAAUGACGAGUUCCUUGCCAGAUUUGACUAGCGUCACGAUGGACUCCUGCUUGAAAGGGGAGGUUCUCCAAGGAUUGAGGCCGCUGGUGAAUCUUCAGCGGUUACAUUUGACAGACUGUUCCAACGUGACCGAUCAAGACAUUUUUUCAGAGAUUGCACUUUUACAACACCUGACCCAUUUGUCUCUAUGUCGACUGUCCUUCUCGGGUGUCCUGCCAGUAACUAGCAUAGUCCUGCUGAAGAACUUGUACUCUCUUUCACUUCAUUCUAAUGAAGGCAUUGUCCCUGAAAGGGCUCUCCAGUACAUCCUGUUUAGGCUACCAAAGCUUCGAGAGCUCUCUCUUGCUAUUGGGAACAUGAAUAAAUGGAAGCUUUCCCUGUGCUUUAAUGUUCCUGAUAACUUUAUAUCUACAGCUGAAGAGCAACCAUGCAUCUCACGUCUACAGCUGCACAAAUUGGAACUGAUGAACUCUUGCUGCGCCAGCCUCUCCUCCAAUGCUUUCGAUCAGCUGUCCACUCUGAGAAGCGUAUGUUUGCGGCACUAUAAAUAUCUGCAGCACGAGGAAUUCAUUGAAGCGCUUCUCCUAAAGCUUCCUCAACUGACCGAGCUCUGCAUUGAAUGGGCUGCACCAUUUGUGCCACUUAUGGGUCCGAUAAGUUCUAAAUUAGAAAAGUUGAGUGUGGUAGGGACUAACAUUUCCAACGCGACUCUCAGCUGGAUCUCCCGCAGCGCCACUCAGCUGAAGUGCCUGAAUCUGAGCUUCUCCCACGGCUACGACCAAGAGAUAGUGAAAAGCUUUCCACGGCUGUUUCCGCACUUGCAAAACCUCUACCUCAGUAACACCAAGUUGACGGAAGACGCUCUGGUUGUUUUAGCGAAUUUGUACUCUUUGCGGGUUUUGGAUAUUUCAAAUAACCUGCAUCUGACCUCCGAAACCAUCCUGGCGUUUCGAAAAAUGACCUCGAACAGAGUUGGCCUAAUCCUCGAGAGGCCCAUUGAAAGCGUAAAGUACUGCUGCUGGUGAACGGGACUCUGAAGGUUUAGGAUGAGUGUUGCUUCCUGUCGCACUCUGCGCCACUUGACACUGCUGCUGGAAGCGCGGGACCCGUCUGGGAAAUAUUUAUUUAUAAAGAUGCUGAACUCUGAUUUCUUAUUUAUUUCACAACUUGUUGACUGGUAGACUUUUGCAGAGAAAGAGAGGGGAUAAAAAUAUUUUUCUAUCUAAACCCUAGUCUUUAUCUACAAAAAAGGAAAAUAUGGAUGUAAAAAUAACAGAUGCUAUUCCAGCACUUCCCUAAAAUAGACGGCAGAGUUUAAUCAACUGUUGUCACAGAAUCUCCUUCCCCCUUAUUUACUGAACCAAAUA